AUGUCUCAAAGGAGCAUAACUUCAUUUUUUAAAAUAACCCCUAAGAAAACGGAUGGUGCUAGUGAAGAUAAUCAAAAAGACGACAAAUCAAGUGCAAACGAUUCUUUUAAUGAAAAUCCAUCUCCAGUGGUAAAUGGGAAGAGAUCAUCGAAGAGACUGAGGUCUGAGAGCAUUGAUAAUGUAUCACCCAAAGCUUCCUCCAGGUCACCAUCACCAAUCAGUUCCGAAAAGAAAAAGAAAGUAAAACGCCAACGCAUUGAUAGCUCCGAAAGUGAAUCUGAUAUUGCCAAAGAUUCUGCAGAAGAGUCAAAUCGAAUAAAAGUUGAGAAUAAGGAGCCCAAAACCUAUGACUCCCCUAAAAGUAAGAAGAACAAAGUAAAAACUAAAAAAUCAGGUAGCAGUGACGUUAAAAGUCGCAAAAAAAGUAAAUCGAAAAAUCCAGAAGAAAAGCUGAAAAUUAAAACUGUAAAAGAAUCUCCUGAAAAUACUGACGCAAAGACCAAAUCUGAGGUCAAAGAAAAAGUAAAGGAUAGUAAAAACAAUAUGAGUGCUUUUGUAAAAAAAGAAAAUGGCGCUCAAAAGGAAUCUAGUCCAAAAGGUGAAAAAAGUAAGGAUGCGGAAAAUUCUGAAGUUAAAAAUCAGGAGGAAUUAGUUGCUGAAAUUGACUAUAAUCCAGGGAAAGCUAAAUACCACCCUGUCAGAGAUGCAUGCUGGUCAAAAGGUCAAAAAGUGCCGUAUUUGGCUCUAGCGAAGACCUUGGAGAUCAUAGAAGCAACGUCGGCACGAUUGAAGAUGGUUGAAAUAUUGAGCAAUUAUUUCCGCUCAGUGAUAGCACUAACUCCAGAAGAUCUGCUGCCUAGCAUCUAUUUAUGCUUGAAUCAGUUGGCACCUGCAUAUGUUGGCUUAGAAUUAGGCAUCGCGGAGACGUACCUGAUGAAGGCGGUGGGGCAGUGCACGGGGCGCAGCGUGGCGCAGGUGCGUGCCGCGGCGCAGCGCUGCGGGGAGCUGGCGCUGGCUGCGCAGCAGGCGCGCACCACGCAGCGCACCAUGUGCGCCGCGCCCGCCCUCGCCGUGCGCGCCGUGCACGCCGCGCUCAAGGACGUGGCCGCCAUGACCGGUCACGCGUCAGUCAACAAGAAAAUUGGCAAAAUCCAAUCCUUGUAUGUGGCAUGUAGACAUUCAGAAUCGAAGUUUUUAAUAAGAUCGCUGGAAGGAAAACUGCGUGUGGGCUUAGCAGAGCAAUCCUUGCUACAAGCGCUUGCCCUGGCGGUAACCUCUACCCCACCUGCAGGGCCCGGGGCCGGCUGUCUAGAUGUUGCUAAAGAGAUGCCUGCUGAUGAGUUUAAGUCGCUGGUGGAGGAGCACGCGGCGCUGAUCAAGACGACGUACUGCGAGUGCCCCAACUACGACCUGCUGCUGCCCGUGCUGCUGCAGCACGGAGUCCACGCGUUGCCGCAGCAUUGCCGCCUCACCCCCGGGAUACCCCUCAAGCCCAUGCUGGCACACCCCACCAAGGGCGUCCACGAGAUAUUCACACGGUUCGAAGGCGAGAGGUUUACCUGCGAGUGGAAGUAUGACGGCGAGCGAGCGCAGAUACACGUGCCAGGAGACGAAGCACCGAGAUACGGUGAUGCACGCAUCUUCAGUCGCAACCAGGAGAACAACACUAGCAAGUAUCCAGAUGUGUUGAGCAGACUGCCAGCCUUGCUGAAGGACUCUGUGAAGAAUUGUGUGCUGGACUGCGAGUCCGUAGCCUACGACACCGUCAACAAGAAGAUACUGCCUUUCCAGAUUCUGUCGACGCGCAAGCGCAAGGACGCGGACGAGGCGCAGAUCAAGGUGCAGGUGUGCGUGUUCGUGUUCGAUCUGCUGCUGCUCAACGGCCGCCCGCUCGUGCGCCAGCCGCUCGCCGAGCGUCGCAGCUUGCUGCGCGAACACUUUAACGAGUGCCCUGGAGAGUGGCAGUUCGCGGAAUCACGCGACUGCAGCACCAUGGAGGAGGUGCAGCAGUUCCUGGAGGAAUCCAUCAAGGGCUCGUGCGAGGGGCUCAUGGUCAAGAUGUUGCAUGGAGAAAACUCCAAGUACGACAUCGCCCGACGAUCGCGUAAUUGGCUUAAGCUGAAGAAGGACUACCUGGAGGGAGUGGGGGACAGCAUCGACGCGGUGGUGAUUGGAGCGUACCACGGACGCGGGCGCAGAGCCGGGCGCUACGGCGGCUUCCUGCUGGCCUGCUACGAUGCGGAGGCUGAGCAGUACCAGUCGCUGUGCAAGCUGGGCACCGGCUUCUCCGACCAGGACCUGGAGAACCUCGCCACCACGCUCGAUAAACACCUCAUCGACGGGCCCAGGAACUACUACAGCUAUGAUGCAUCGCACGCAGCGGACGCGUGGUUCAGCGCCGCGUGCGUGUGGGAGCUGCGGUGUGCCGACCUGUCGCUGUCGCCCGCGCACCGCGCCGGCAUUGGGCUCGUCGACCCUGAGAAGGGCAUCUCGCUGCGCUUCCCCAGGUUCAUUCGCGUCCGCGAGGACAAGACACCCGAGGAAGCGACGUCUGCGCAGCAGAUCGCUCGCAUGUACCUGUCACAGGAUCAGGUCAAGAACCAGGCCGCCAAACCAGUCAACGACGACGACUUCUACUGA